AUGAGCCUGCCACGAAGAGAUGGCUCGCCCAACGAACAACCACUGUCGUCGCUGCCGGAGCUCACACGCUUCAUCACCGCCCCCGAACAGCAUGUUUCGUUGCCCAAGAACAAGAGCACGAGCAAUCUGCUCUCACAGCGCACGCCGGCGGGCCUGUCCGUGAAUACCAAACGCAUGAGCAUCGACGCGGGGCAGCUGGACAGGAUGGCCCGCUCACCCAUUGUCCCCGAACACGAACACGGCCUGGGAGCCUCCGGUCUUCGCCGCAUACGCCAGCAACCAGGCUCUCGGGGAACACCCUCCACCUCCGCCCCGACCGCCCCAAGCUCGCCCACCCUCGCCUUCGGAGAGGACCUCACGCGUUUCCCCAGCGAGUCGCUACACUCGUUCUCCUUCGCCACCCAGUCCGACGAAUUCAUGCACAACCGCCAGAACGUACUCAAGCGGUCGAUAGACUUCAUGCAGAACAAGCUGGGCUGGGCAGCUGCGAACCCCGGCAUCGCACAAGCCCAGGCAAAGAUAAGCGGGGACCAGGAGGUGCAGAGCAUGAUGGAGCUGCUGACGAGGGCCAACCUGAUCGGCAGCGAUGCCACAGGCGCUCACGGUUUGGGAGCCCUUGGGCCCCUGACUGGGCCUGCUGAGGUGGAAGGAGAGAACCUCUUCGAGAAGAGCUUUGUCGAGCUCCAAAGAUCGGAAAGUCCUGCGAGCAUGCUAAGCCCAGCCCGGUCACCGACCCAGAAGGACCCCACGGACAACAUACCGAACGGCGACACUAACGACGAGAACUUCGACGCGAGAAGCAUCCCCGUAUCUGACCAAAUCUCCGAGGCCUCAAGUCAACGGACGGGCACCUCGCCGCCACAGCGACCUCAACGCGCAGCACUGAAGCGAACACUUACCGAUGUAGCACCUCUAUCGAUACGACAUCAACUCAAUGACGCUCUAGCCCAGCCCUACCGCGUAGGGGACCAGGACCUUACCAACCAGCUCAUGUCUCCAACUAUCCCCACUGCAACUCCUCUCUCUAGCAUUCCAGGCCCGCAUUCAGGAGGACCAGCUCCCCACGGACAGCACGGCAGCCGCUGGGCGCCAGCUGCACAGGCAAUCUUCACCACCGAGGCUACAGCUCCUUGGACCAUCACGGCUGCGAACGAUCUUGCUUGCCUGGUGUUCGGUGUGACGAGGGCCGAGGUUCGGAAGCUGGGCAUAUUGGAAGUCGUUCGAGAAGAACGAAGGAAGUGGCUUGAGGACAAGCUGCGGGAACCCCAAGUUGGAUCAAAAGCAUCCCGGGAACCGCACAAUCAAAGUCAGCAAACUACCCCCGCUCCGCUGACCCAAUUGAAAGUUGGUAACGGCGUUACAGCGAGGUUACUCAGCAAGCCUUCAUCGCGGCAGGUAGCCCAGAACCGCCGGGCGCAGACCGAUGAUGGGAGUGGUUCAUCAUAUGCACAGAAGUCGAACACCAAAGGUGCUUCACACCACGAAUCCAAGCCUUCCAGAGGAGUCUUGCUCUGUGGUGAUGUGGUGCCGAUCCAGAAGCGAAACGGCGCCACUGGUAGUGCUAGCUUAUGGGUCAAAGAGAAACGAGGCGGUCUCAUCUGGGUCCUGGAAGAGAUCGCGGAAGACGUCGUAUACAUCAACGUCGAUGAAGUAGGAUGCGUCGUGAAGGCGCAUGGAGCGAUAGAAGCAGUCUUCGGAGACGAUCGGUUACGAAGAGGCAUGGACCUCAGCCGUCUUAUACCAGCAAUCCCUAGGGUCCAAGGAGUGUAUACUGGCGCUCUGGACUACGAUAAAAUCGCCGAACUCCGCAAUUUUACCGCUCGGACCGUGAACAGCAUAAAUAUACCCGUAACAGUCGAAGCCCUACUUGGCGAACCCACCUUCCGCAUCUCGAGCUUUCCUCAUAUCGCCGGUAUAGUGGUGUUAUCGGCGUCGGACCUUACCAUCUCCAGCUCGAAUACGGUCUUUCUGUCGGCCUUAUUUGGACAGUCAAAGCCUGACGGCCUCCACAUUACACAGUUGAUUCCCGGCUUCGACAGGAUACUCAAUGUAAUGACGGAUGAAGACGAUGUAGAACUUGCUGAUGGAAUUGUCAUUCCAGAGCACAGUUUCCGGCGAGCGCGAGCCCUUUUGGCCAUGCGUGAAGGGCGUGGCGAUGCAGCGACUCUUUUCCUCAAGCCUAGCGGGCUGCCAGCUCUGCAUCGGGAUGGCACCGACAUCAUGGUAGACGUGCAGAUGCGGGUUGUCAAGAGCGAGAAGAAACCGCUAUACGAUGAGCAAGUGAUUGAGGAAGAGAACACCGCAGCCAGUCAAACGCCAAGCGCGGAAUUGGUGUUUGCGUUGUGGAUCACUUAUUCCAGACAAUUGCAUGCGGCCACUCACGGUGUCGGUCCUGUCACACCUCUUGUGUCACGGCCAGGCACGCCUCCGCACCAACCCUCGCCUGGACAGUCGACCUUGAUCAACACUGAGGAAACCGAGCCUGAACAAACUAAAUCUGAUACUCCUAUUUCGCUGUUAACGCAACAACUCCAAGCUAACCAACCUGCUUCUCCUGCGGAACCACAAGCUAAACCACCACUCGACGUCACAAAAGAAAUGGCCGAGCCGCCCCGGAAGACCAUUAAUGACUUCGUUGUCGUAGAAGAUAUGGGCCAGGGCGCAUACGGCCAGGUCAAGCUGUGUCGAUCGAAGAAGAGCAGCAGCAAAAAGUCGGUCAUCAAAUACGUGACCAAGCGACGGAUUCUUGUCGACACCUGGACACGCGACCGCCGUCUCGGCACAGUACCGUUGGAGAUCCAUGUUUUGGACUAUUUACGGAGAGACGGCUUCAAACAUCCUAACAUUGUGGAGAUGACCGAUUUCUUCGAGGACGACGUCAACUACUACAUUGAAAUGGUGCCACACGGUCUGCCGGGCAUGGAUCUUUUUGAUUACAUCGAGCUUCGCGUCAACAUGGAGGAGAAAGAAUGCCGAAAGAUAUUCUGCCAAGUCGCGGAGGCGGUGCAUCAUCUGCACACCAAAGCAAAGGUCGUCCACCGCGACAUCAAGGACGAGAAUGUCAUCCUGGAUGGAGAAGGAAAUAUCAAGUUGAUCGACUUCGGUAGCGCAGCGUACAUUAAGAGCGGGCCCUUUGAUGUCUUCGUUGGGACCAUCGAUUACGCUGCUCCCGAAGUUCUCGCCGGCAAGGCAUACCGCGGUAAAGAGCAAGACGUCUGGGCGCUUGGUAUACUCCUUUACACCAUCGUGUACAAAGAGAAUCCUUUCUACAGUAUCGACGAAAUCAUGGACCACGACCUACGCGUACCCUACGUCAUGUCCGAAGAGAACCUUGACUUGAUUCGACUCAUGCUGGACCGCGAUGUCGAGCGACGCAUUACUAUUUCUCAGGUCUUGGAGCAUCCCUGGUGUCAGGUGACAGAUGCUACUUCGUGA